AUGAAUCGUGCAUGUCGGACACCUUCAGACAUCAAAGGCCUGUCUCCGGAAGCCUUCUCCAGCCACGCGCAGAGCCCCAUGCGCAUCGUGUGGAGUCCCAGAUGGAGAGCUAAGCACAACACUUUGUCCAGUUUGCUGCAAGCCAACAGGACGGGGAAGCUGCAACGGUUACUGGAGAACCUACGGCGUGAACAGCAAGACAUGGUUCGCUCCGCGGUGGACCUGCAAGACUUGAAGGAGCGCUUCAAGGUGGCCAUGCUAAGCGCCCAUCGUACUGGUGAGCUGCAAAAGGUCGCCGAAAAGUUGGCAACAGAGGUGGAGCGUCGCGCGGACGACUUCCAACGUUUGAAGGAGCGCGCCUUGGAAAGUCUGCUGCGGAUGAAACGGGCCGGAGAACUGGAUCGAAUGGCCCAGGAAAUGAGGACAGCCAGCGAGGCACAAGCUGUCGAGGAUGCCCGGCCGGCCUUGUCUGCCAAGCAACGGGCGCUGCAGAGCCUUUUGGAGAUGAAGAGGUCGGGAGAACUGCAACUGCUGGCAGAGGAGAUGGACUCGGCCCAGAAGGCCUUGGAGGCCAAGGCCGCGCAGCUGCGCGGGCUGCGCGGCGCGGCCUCCUUGGGCAACGGCGAGUUGGAGCGCCUGGUGGAUCAGAUGACGGAGGAAUUGGAGAGCCAGGCAGAGAGCAUUCGAUCUCGCGUUCGCAAAGGUUUGCUGCGUGCACACCGGCGGGGCGAGCUACAGGAUCUGCGGCAGGAGUUGGACGAGUUAGCCGAUGAAGUGCCAUCGAUGCCCAGCAAACAACGGGCCAAGCGCUGGCAGGAGACCAUCAGUAGCGACUCGGAGCCAGAAAACGUUCGCCGCCGCGACGACGACCUUUCUAGUAACGAGGGCAGUGAUGCGGACACCAAACAGCUGGACGGAGCGGCUGCUGUCAGUCGCUGGCAGGCGCAAGCCAACAAACCUCGCAAGCGUUGGGCGGAUAUGACCACCAGCAGCGAUUCAGAUUUGGAUCCAGUUGGCAGCCAAGCGGGUAGGGCAGUGGGGCCUCUGCCGGUCGCAUCCAAGGCCGUGAGGGCGAUCUCAGCCAGCAGCGAUGCGUGCUUGAUGGAGGGGGCCGAGGCUUCUGCUAGGCCCCAGAACCCAUCGACUGCAGCCAGCAGCCAUGAUCCGCCCAAAAGAGCGUGAUGUGGAAAA